GCGGAACGUGCCUCCGUACUCGACGCAGACGCCCUCUCCGCGGUGCUGCGGCUUCUCACUCUCCGGGCACAGCUGCGCGUGUCUGCGGUCUGCCGCACAUGGCGCGAGGGCGCGAUGCUGCACUUUGCGCAUGAGCGCAACCUUGACGUGCGCACGGGCGGCGCUGCCAUAGCGGGUCCAUACGGCGUCCCGGGCGGAGCGGGCCGGCAGCGCGACGCGGACUACACGAAGCUUCUCACCGACGCCGCCCUCUCGCGGCUCGUGGCCCACCGGCCGCGGCUGGAGGCGCUGCUGCUGAUGCAGUGCGCGCGGCUGACGGACGACGGGCUGGCGGCGCUGCACGGCUGCGCGUGCCUGCGGAGGCUGAACCUCGCAAUGUGCACGGGUGUCACCGAGCGAGGCGUGGCGGCGCUGAUCGACGCGCUGCCUGCGCUGGACGACCUCGAACUAGCUGGAUGCUCUCGCGUGCGCCUUGACGUGCCCGCGCUCAGCGCAAAGUUUGAGCGGUUCGUCGAGCUGUCCGAGGACGCGGACGGCUUGGAUGCCGUGCAGGGGUAG